AUGUCACAAAAUAAUACUACCACAACUGAUACAGAUAAAUACGAUAGACAAUUGCGUUUAUGGGGGGAAGAUGGUCAAUCAAAGUUAGAAAAGUCACAUAUUUUAUUAUUAAAUGGUAAUGCAACUGGUUGUGAAACUUUAAAGAAUUUAGUAUUACCAGGUAUAGGAAGCUUUACAAUUGUAGAUAAUAAAAAAGUCGUAGAACAAGAUCUUGGUAACAACUUUUUCGUUGAACGUUCAAGUAUUGGUAAGCCCCGUGCCUCUGUAGUUUGUGAAUUAUUACGUGAACUUAAUGAUCGUGUUAAAGGAUCCUCAGUUGAAGAAUGUCCAGUCCAUUUAAUCAAUAACAACAUUUCAUUCUUUAAAGAUUUCUCUUUAGUUAUUGCCUCACGUUUACCAGAACCAGCUCUUUUAACUUUAUCACAAUAUUUAUUCGAAAAAAACAUUCCAUUGGCUGUUGUCAAUUCAUAUGGUUAUAUUGGUUAUUUAAGAAUUUCAACUCCAGAGCACCAAAUUAUUGAAUCUAAACCAGAUGACCCAAUCGAUGAUUUAAGAAUUUACAACCCAUUCCAACAAUUAGUUGAUCAAGCUGAUGCUCUAGAUUUAAAAUCAUUAGAUAGCCAAAAACACUCACAUGUACCAUACGUCUUACUAUUAAUCAAAUUCUUAAAAGAAUGGAGAUCAACCCAUGACAAUAAAAUGCCAGAAUCAAGAGCUGAGAAAGAGGAAUUUAAAAAAAUAUUUAUAUCAAAAUCUUUAGAUUAUAGCGAUGAAAAAAAUUUCAUUGAAGGUGUUAAUAAUUUAUUAAAAUAUGUUCAACCACCAAGAAUUCCAGGUGAUGUUCAAAAUCUUUUAAAAGAUGCCAAAGCUUCAAAUAUUACAGAAACUAUGGAUGAUUUCUGGGUAUUAGUUUCAGCCUUAAAAGAUUUUGUUGAAAAGAAUGAUAAUACACUUCCAUUACAUGGUAAUGUCCCAGAUAUGACCUCAGAUACCGAAAGCUUUAUUAAAUUGCAAAAAGCUUACCAAGAAAAAUCUCAAGCUGAUUUAACACAAUUUACAAAUCUUGUUGACCAAAUUGUUACUAAAACUGGAAGAUCAUCAAUUUCACCAGAUUUAAUCAAAAAGUUCUGUAAAAAUUCACGUUUCUUAAAUAUCAUUAGAUACAGAAGCAUUUCAGAUGAAUUUUCACAACCAAAAACAAAAAUGAUUAUUUCAGAAUUAGAACAACAAGAUAACAUUAUGAUCUUUUAUACUUUACUUCGUGGUGUAGAUAAAUUCUUUAACAACUAUCAUAGAUACCCAGGUUCAAAUGAUGAAGAUUAUGAAUCAGAUAUCUCUUUAUUAAAGAAUGUUAUUUCACAAUUCUUAUCAGAAAUUAAUAUUCCAGUCGAUUUAGUUAAAGAUGACUAUAUUAACGAAUUUGUAAGAUUUGGUGGAUCAGAACUUCACAACAUUGCUUCAUUAAUGGGUGGUGUCACCUCACAAGAAAUUAUUAAACUUGUUACUCAUCAAUAUGUACCAUUAAAUAAUACUUUUAUUUUCAAUGGUAUUAAUAGUACUACUGCUUCUUUCAACCUUUAAAAACUGCAAAAAUAACAAAAUAAUUAAUUUAAUUUCGAGUGCCAAAAUAAAAAAAAUAAAAAAAUUUC